AUGUUAAUAAUUCGAGCACUUGUAUCACCAAAAAAUCGUAAAGAAAAUAUUGUUGCAUGCCAACGUAUAAUUUACCAAUGUGGUCUAUUACAUGUUCUUAAUACAGUUGGUGAUGUUGUUCGUGAUAAUAUUGAAAAUCAAGCAUUUGUUAAUUCUGUAGUGAAUACAUCUGGUGUCAUUCAAAAAGCAAUAUUAUUCAAUCUUCUAUAUGCAAUGAUUUGUGAUGAAGAAAAAUCAUUUUCACUUCAAAUAUCAAUCCUUUAUUUUUUACAAUGUUAUUUACACAAAAAUAAGAUCGAAAAAUCAAUAAUCAUUCAAACACUUUCACCUCAAACUAAGAAUGCUGCUAAUCAACACACCAUGGAUUAUUUCUUAAGAUCCGGUUAUUUAAGUAAAGAUAUUGUGGCGUCAUGGUGUUCCGGCAUUCUACUUUCACAUUUAGUUGUUGAUAGUCCAAAAUCUAAAGAAGAUAUACUUAAAGCUCCAUCUUUAUGUCAUACUCGUGUUGCGGUACUUAUUUUUAUAUGUACAUUGUUAUCAAAUAGUUCACCAUCAGUACAAGCAUUAGUUUCAAUUGAAAAUGGCAUUACGUACAUUAUUUCACAAAUACGUGAUCAAUCAAUGGAAGAUGAUCGUGAACUUCUUAUUCAAUCAUUAUGUGCAUUUGCUUUGGGUUUAUACGUAAUUUUUAAUAAUAAUAAAAUACCAUCAUGUUCAAGAAAAAUUCAAAAACAAAUUGAUGAUGAAAUUAAAAAACAAAAUCGUUUAAUUUCCCAAUUAACAAUGUCGAAUGAAUUUUCACCGAGUAAUAGUAGAAGACGUACAAGUACGACUAAAUUUACAGCUACAAUUGGACAUGAACGUACAAAAAAAAACUAA